AUGCAAGCAGUGGCCCUGGCCAUUAUGGGGGAAUGGCCGACAGAAACCAGCUUAUACCACCAAGUGAUGCGUAAGCUCGUCAGCCAUGACACAGAUACUCACGGUCCGUUUCGGCCGUUCAUAGACGAUGCCAAUGCAUCACGACGUCACUUUGAGAUACUGACAAGUAUGCCCGUCACUACGGCAGAAGGUGAGCAACGUGUUCACGGGACGUCCAAUCCAUGUACUAAGAAGGCAGUGCUCAAUUUUCCAGAUCUGCAAAUCCGUAUCCUGAGGCAAGACGAGAGGGGUGUCUCACAAAUACUCAAAGACAAUCCAUCCAGCGUCUCCGAAGUAAAUUGCUACGGUCAGAACUCAGUACAUAUCGCGGUUGGUGUUGGAAACUUGAAGGUUCUCCAAAUGAUCUUACGGUACGCAGAUGCUUUGUCUCUGAACGCCCAGGACUACGCAAAGGGAAGAGGUCGCUAUGCAGUUGAAUACGCUGCAAUAUCACAGUUUCACAUCGGUUACCGCGAUACAGACAAUGUUGAAUGCAACUGCUGUGAUAUUUUGGAUGCAUUGCUUCAGGCUGACUGUGCUUUGUACCCAUCAUUCUUUCUCAGCAUCUUUUUUGGGUGUACCCGAAGUGAAGAGGGGGGCACGGCUGAUUGUGCCUUGAGGAAAGUCAUGCUCUGCUUGAAAGAAAGACGUCAGAGACUUGGAGAGUACGCAAAAAAGCACCUCGCGCCAACACAAGCCGUAGCAUUUGGUAUUUAUGGCACUAGCGUGCUAGACGAGGCUGCUGGAGACGUCCAAACAGCAUUAGAAGAACGCUCCAUCUCGAUUCCCACCUCUUUAAGGCCCGCUGCUGAUGCUACUGGAUGGGACAACAGUUUGGGAGAGACAGUGGUACAGGCAGCGGUUACCAUUGCCGACGUUAUCUGGUUUUGUGAUUUUUGGGCGAUAGCUGAGGAGUCGCAGCCUUGGGCUAAUUCCUCAAAGCCAACGCCUGUCCUUAAAUUGAUAUUAAGAUACUUAACCUUCACUGCUUUAGGUCUUCGUCAUAGCUGUUGCCGGCUGGCACAAAGCGAGGGAAUCCAAUACUGGGAUAGCGAAGAAGUAGAUGAAGUUCUUGAAGAACAAAAGGAAGACAUCCUCCGUCUUGAGGAACUUCUUGAGGAGCUGAAGCAAGAUUACGAGGAAAGUCCUGACUUAGGUACAUUCGUCGACGGUUACUGGGAACCAAAGGUGGGCACGGCGAUAGACGAACUGAAUGCGAGAAAGCUGGACGAGGACGAUAUGAAAGCGGCUCGAGAACUUGGCGUUACAUGGCACUCUUUCGAGAAUGAGAUCGAAGAAAGGGAUUAUUCGCGAUCUUCAGAUUUGGACUAUUGGAUGGAGAAGCUGAAUACCAUUGUUCCAGAGCCGGAUUCAGACAGCGAUAUUCCAAUGGCACCGGACCUUCCGGUACGCGAUCCAUGA